AGCUGCGCCUUUGCUGCGCCCUGCGAGGGCGGGAGCGUGCUGCACGGGGAGCGGGAGCUGGGGCGGCUGAGCUGCUGGGAGCCCGGCCCCAGCUGAGUAGAGCGGCGCGGGUGGAGCCAGGGCGUUGUGCGGCUGGAGGGGCGGGAGAGGUGCGGCUCUGCGACAAAAGCAGUCGCCAGAGAUGCCGGGGCCAGCUCCCCCCACCAGUAGCUGCUGCUGGUGGUGACAAUGUCAAAUAACGGCCUAGACAUUCAAGACAAACCCCCAGCCCCUCCGAUGAGAAACACCAGCACUAUGAUUGGAGCCGGCAGCAAAGAUGCUGGAACCCUAAACCACGGUUCCAAACCUCUGCCUCCAAACCCAGAGGAGAAGAAAAAGAAGGACCGAUUUUACAGAUCCAUCUUACCUGGAGAUAAAACAAAUAAAAAGAAGGAGAAAGAACGGCCAGAGAUCUCUCUUCCUUCAGAUUUUGAGCACACGAUUCAUGUUGGUUUUGAUGCUGUCACAGGGGAGUUUACAGGGAUGCCAGAGCAGUGGGCUCGCCUGCUUCAGACAUCAAAUAUCACUAAGUCAGAGCAGAAGAAAAACCCACAGGCUGUUCUGGAUGUAUUGGAAUUUUAUAACUCAAAGAAGACCUCCAACAGCCAGAAGUACAUGAGCUUUACAGAUAAAUCAGCUGAGGAUUAUAAUUCUUCUAACACUUUGAAUGUGAAGACGGUGUCUGAGACCCCUGCUGUGCCACCCGUUUCAGAAGACGAAGAUGAUGAUGAUGAUGCUACCCCCCCUCCAGUGAUUGCUCCACGCCCAGAGCACACAAAGUCUGUAUACACACGGUCUGUGAUAGAACCUCUUCCUGUUACUCCAACUCGGGAUGCAGCUACGUCUCCUAUCUCACCUACGGAGAAUAAUACCCCUCCACCAGAUGCUCUGACCCGGAGUACCGAGAAGCAGAAGAAGAAGCCCAAAAUGUCUGAUGAGGAGAUCUUAGAGAAAUUACGGAGCAUAGUGAGUGUGGGCGAUCCUAAGAAGAAAUAUACACGGUUUGAGAAGAUUGGACAAGGUGCUUCAGGCACUGUGUACACUGCAAUGGAUGUGGCCACAGGACAGGAGGUGGCCAUUAAGCAGAUGAACCUGCAGCAGCAGCCGAAGAAAGAGCUGAUUAUUAAUGAGAUCCUGGUCAUGAGGGAAAACAAGAACCCAAAUAUUGUGAACUACUUGGACAGUUACCUCGUGGGAGAUGAGCUGUGGGUUGUCAUGGAAUACUUGGCUGGAGGUUCUUUGACAGAUGUGGUGACAGAAACUUGCAUGGAUGAAGGCCAGAUUGCAGCUGUCUGCCGUGAGUGCCUGCAGGCUUUGGAGUUUCUGCAUUCGAACCAGGUCAUUCACAGAGACAUCAAGAGCGACAACAUCCUGUUGGGAAUGGAUGGCUCUGUCAAGCUAACCGAUUUUGGAUUCUGUGCCCAGAUCACCCCAGAGCAGAGCAAACGGAGCACCAUGGUGGGAACUCCAUACUGGAUGGCCCCAGAGGUUGUGACGCGGAAGGCCUAUGGACCCAAGGUUGACAUCUGGUCCCUGGGUAUCAUGGCCAUCGAAAUGAUUGAAGGAGAGCCCCCAUACCUCAAUGAAAAUCCUCUGAGAGCUUUGUACCUCAUUGCCACCAAUGGGACCCCAGAGCUUCAGAACCCAGAGAAGCUGUCAGCUUUCUUCCGGGACUUUCUGAACCGCUGUCUUGAGAUGGAUGUGGAGAAGAGAGGUUCAGCUAAAGAGCUGCUGCAGCAUCAGUUCCUGAAGAUUGCCAAGCCCCUCUCCAGCCUCACUCCACUGAUUGCUGCAGCAAAGGAGGCAACCAAGAACAAUCACUAAAACCAUGCUUACCCCAGCCUCAUUGUGCCAAGACUUCUGUGAAAUAAAUGCUCAUUUUAGAAAUUCCAACCCCCGAUGCCCUCUCUUCCUUGCCUUGCUCCUCCCAUUUCCUGGUCUAGCGCUCUCAUGACCUUGAUCCUUGAAAACCAUGUGUCCAGCAUUGAAGAGAACUGCCACUGACUAAUGAUGGCCAUUUCUAAAGAUGGAAUUUCCUCCCAAUUUAUGAUUGUGAGGGUGGUUUAUGACCAAGGGCUUGUAUGAAUAAACCCUUGGACUCCUA